AUGGCUCCAACUUCCAACUCUGAAGGUCGAAAUAUCAAGGAAUUUAACGCCAUCUCUACUCGAAGUGCUAAGAAUUUAGACACGCCAUCGACAAGUACAACCACUUCGAGUAAUGAAGAAUCGGCUCAGGAGAAAGAAGAGCCAACUAAAAUUCCGGUAAAGGUGCCUUUUCCCCAAGCUCUCCGAUCUACUGGGCAAGUGCAGGAAAAUCAAAGCGAGAUCCUAGAGCACUUGACACAAUUGAAGAUCAAUCUUCCCUUACUACACGUGAUCAAGCAAGUGCCGGCCUACGCCAAGGUUAUCAAGGAUCUGUGCACUAUAAAGAGAAAGCACCACGUCAAGAAGACUGCAUUCUUAACCGAACAAGUGAGCGCGGUGAUUGAGCAGAAGACACCGCCGAAGUAUAAGGAUCCAGAUCUUGAAAACCUCCUCCAAAAUUCUGAAUCUGAGAGUUCCGAUCCUAGUGAGGUGGCUACCAUUUCUGGCAUUUUCAAAGAAUCACAAGAUAGAGGAACCAAGUUUAGGCCACCAUGUUUUCAGGAGCUCCUAAUAGAAGGAGAAAAACCGAAAUCAUCCACCGAGGAGGCUCCAAAAGUCAAGCUAGCCCAACCACCUGAGGGCUUAAAAGAUGCAUUCUUGGGAGAUGAAGACACAUUCCCAGUCAUCAUCUCAUCUAAACUCGAUCCAUUGCAAGAACAACGAUUGAUCGACAUACUAAAAGAGCACAAUUCUAGGAUCAAGGUAAAAAUGAAAGCGGCUCAUGAUAAGCAGAUCCUAAGGAAGAAUUUUGAGCCGAAUCAACGGGUUCAUCUCUAUGAUUCCCGUUUGCAUCUCCACCCCGGUAAGUUGAGGUCGCGGUGGACUGGCACGUUCAUAGUAAAACGCAUUUUUCCCAAUGGUGCUGUCGAGGUUGAGGACCCGACUGAUGGGAGAAUCUUUAAAGUAAAUGGCCAGCGUCUGAAAAAUUACUUAGAGCGGGUGAACCAGGUUGAAGAGAUCAUUCUCGACGACCCCGUUUACCAACCCUGA